GAUGGAGAGACGUCAGUUUCAAUUGAUGUUGAAAACCGACAGUCAAUUAAAGAUUCUUUACCAAGGUAUGUAAAAUAAUUUACAGUUCCGUCCUAGUCUAUAUACGCUUGUGAAAAAACGCUUGGCGGGAUAUUUGAAGUGAUGCAACAAAAACGAGAUAUAGACAAGUGCCAUUUUUAUCCAAUUCAUGCUGAUCGAUCCACCGUGGAUAAAAGGCGAUUUAUACCAAGUGCUUUGAAAUCCAAAAUUGUCGAGAUUAAAACCGAAACUAUCGCGGCAUUUGUGUUCGUUUGAACUUGUCUCUGAACUGGUUCCUUAGCCGGUAUAUAAAAACUUUAAGCAAGCAGCUGAUGCAAACGUUCUGUAAUUAAAAGUGUAGCUAAUGACGUGUUAUUUGCAUGCAGUGACGUCGUUGUAAAUAAAUUGAUUCGUUUUAACUUUUAAGAGAUUUGAUCAGUCUUGGUCUUGAAGAGCUUGGAAGACCUACGUCCCAGCUCCAACUACCAUAUCUGUGUCGAGAAAAGUCUGUUGAAACAGUUGUGUCAUUAUAG